CGGCACAGAAUGGGUUACAGGUCAGGAUGUCUAUUUGGAACACUGUGUUCUCGUCAGCGGCGGUGCGGCCACAGUACAGCCGGAACAUUGUGUUACUUUGUGGCUGCCUUCCAAGACCUGCCUUUCAUUUUGUACUAAAAAUCCCUCCCACCGCUCCUCUCUACGCGUUUUUUCCGCCUCUGUCCCUCCCCCGAACUCACUUCGACGUGUGCGCUCCAUGUGAUCGCUGUACCGGUACGUUUGUUGUCAUCAAGCCGAGCAAAGGACGCCGGUCGCGGGCGAGAAAAGCGGAAGUGCGACGCCCACACGGAGGAACAUCUCGUACCCGGGACUUGAGCUGCGACGCGCAGCCUUAAGCAGCAGACACUGCCGCUCCUUUAGUUCGCCAGGUGGAUCUUUCUUUACACCCCCCCAAGAAAGCAAAACAUUCUCGUCGAUGGUUGGGUUGCAAGAACGUCACAAGAUAUCAACAAGAUUCCACUAAUUGCAAAUUGGGCGCAUCAGGACGUCAAUAAGUUCUCCAGCGUCACUGUGAUGCUCACAGGCAGACAUGACCACUGAUCAGGAUCUGUCUAUGGAUGGGCCGGCAGCCUCAGCUGAGUUUGCUACAAAGGGCGUUGAUGUCACGCCUAAAAAAGACCAAGGAAUAAUCAAGCUUGUGAAACGUCAGGGACAAGAUGGAGAGUCCCCAAUGAUUGGGGACAAAGUGACCAUCCAUUACACUGGAAAACUCCUCACUGGGAAGAAGUUUGACUGCAGCAGAGAUCGCAAGGAGUCUUUUUCCUUCAAUGUUGGCAAGGGACAGGUCCUCAAAGCCUGGGAUAUUGGUGUUCUAUCCAUGCAGAGAGGCGAGGUGUGCACUAUACUGUGUAAGCCAGGGUACGCUUAUGGUUCCACUGGAAAUUCUGACAAAAUUCCUCCCAACUCUUCAGUGAUAUUUGAGAUCGAGCUGCUCAAGUUCGAAGGAGAGACGCUGACAGAAGAUGGCGGCAUCGUACGAAGGAUCAAAGUCAAAGGAGACAACUACUUAAAUCCUAAUGACGGAGCGACCGUCGAAGUUCAUCUGGAGGGAAGCUGCGACGGCCGAUUGUUUGACACCAGGGAUGUCACCUUUGUGGUCAGUGAGUCGGAGGAUAAAGGUGUUCCUCUUGGAGUUGACCGUGCCAUGGACAAGAUGCAGAAGGGAGAGUGCUGUAUACUUCACUUAUCACCAAAGUAUGGCUUUGGCCAUAAAGGAAAACCAGAAUUUAAAAUUGACCCAGACAAAGACGUUGUGUACGAGGUUACGCUCAAAGACUUUAAAAGGGCUAAGGAAUCCUGGGAAAUGGACUUGCAAGAAAAGCUGAGUCUGGCCUCUGAAACAAAGCAUAAAGGGAAUCUGUAUUACAAGGGGGAGAACUACUACCAGGCGGUAGUCCAGUACCAGCGCAUCACUUCCUGGUUGGAGAUGGAGUGUGGUAACGGUUUGGAGCAGCAAAAUCGCAUUAAUGACUUUCUUUCGACGGCCCACCUCAACUUAGCUUUGUGUUUCCUGCGCAUCAAAGACUUCUCCCAAGUGGUGCAGAACUGCAACAAGGUGAUUGAGUUAGACCCUUGCAACGAGAAGGCUCUGUACCGCCGCGGUGAGGCCCGUCUGCUCCGUAACGAGUUCACCUUGGCCUUGGCGGAUUUUCAACAAGUGCUGCAGGUCAACGCUGCCAAUCGUGCUGCCCGAACUCAGAUUUCAAUCUGCCGGAGCAAAAUGAAGGAAUAUCACGAGCUGGACAAGAAGACUUACGCCAACAUGUUCCAGAAGUUUGCUGAGCGGGACGCCAAGACUGGGAGGACGAAAAGGAAACAAGAGGAGAGUGUGAGCAGCAGCAUUAACGGAGAAGUGGGCAUUAAACGCCGAAGGAGUCAGGACCGCCGCUCACAACAGUGACAUCUGUGUCAAAACCAAGAAGACUCCCAACAGGCAGGAAUAAGAGGCACACUCAAAUACUCCCAAUAUUUCCACUUUUUGGUCACACAGACUGCCUAUUCCUGUAACUUUUUGUUUUAUUACCAUUACAACACACUGAGCUCCAUUUUAUAAAGCUUCUAUGAUAAGAUGGGCCUCAACAGUGAAAUCACAUCCAAAAACAUUACGACUUGCAAGUAUUACUGUGUUAUGACUUGAACCACAUGUACAAUUUAUUCUUCUGAUAAGAUGUCUAAUUUAUGUGCUGCAGAUGGCUUUUUUCUUCUUCUGAAAAAACACUUCACAUACAGCCACAGCUUUUAGUCCAUGUUGGUAAAAAGGAUAAACAACUUACCUAAGAAUGUGCCUCAUAUAAUACUAGCUGGAAGGGUGGAAGUCAAAAGAACAAUGCCGCACACAGCCCACACCGACGAUUGGUUACGUGCUGUUUACUUGCAUUCAGCCAUGCAAUAUGCCAACGCCUUCAAAAUCGGAAGAUGUAUGACGUCACACGAAAAAGGUCUAUAGCAGGGGUGUCCAAACUUUUUCCACGGAAGGCCACAAACAUUAAGCAUGCGAGGGCCAUUUUGAUAUUUUUCAUUUUCAAAACCAAUCCAAUAUUAGUUUUUUUUCCCCACCUUUUGGGCUAAGGACCCAGAAGGGUCUGAGUCAUAAAAAUGUUAAAAAUGAAUUACGUAUUUUUUACUAUUCAACGCUUAAAUCUCUAGAUCAACUUCAGGUCUAUCUGUCGAUAUAAAGUGUUAAAAAUGUUUUGUUUUAUGCCCUUUUUGUCAAAGAAAAUUCAGUUUUUUACAGCAAAAACACAACAUAUGCAAUAUUUUGCCCCCCAAAAAUUUCCAAGUGGAAUAUUUGAUGUGAAGUAUUUGCAGGCCUAAAAAGGUCAAUAAUUCAUAAGACAUUGAUUUUAAUUAUUUUUUGAGCAAUGACAUUUUUUUUUAAAUCCUAAUAAAAUUCUAGGGCGUACAUCAUAAAAAAAUGCUAAAAAAAAAGUCUUACAUAAAAAAAUAAAAGAAAUAAACCUUUAGGUGUCGAGAUCGACUUCAGAUCUAUGCUUUUUUUUGUUUAUUUGAUGUCGUUUUGGUCAAUUGCAAACAAAUAUGCAGUAUUUUCUCCAAAAAAUAUUUCAAAGUGGAAUAUUUUGAUGUGAAGUAUUUACAGGCCUAAAAAGGUUGAUAAUUCAUAACACCAUUGAUUUUAAUUCAUUAUUAUUUUUUAGCAAUUACAUUUUUUAAAAAUCCCACUACAAUUCUUGGAGGUCCAUCAUUAGAAAAUUCUAAAAAAAAGUCUUACAUUAAAAAAAAAAAAUUCUACCCUAAAAAAAAAAAUUCUACCCUUAGGUCUUGAGAUCAACUUCAGAUCUAUGUUUUUUUUUGGUUUAUUUUAUGUCCUCUUGGGCAAAUAAAAAUGUGUUUUUAUUUUAUUUGGCAAUCAAAAAAAAAUGCAGUAUUUCCUCUCCUAAAAAGUUCAAUAAUUCAUAACACCAUUGAUUUUAAUUCAUUAUUAUUUUUUGAGCAAUGACAUUUUUUAAAAAUCUCACUAAAAUUCUUGGGUCAAAUAAUAUUUUUUUAUUUGGCAAACAAAAUAUGCAGUACUUGCUCCCCAAAAAUAUUUCAAAGUGGAAUAUUUGAUGUGAAGUAAUUGGAGCCUUGAAUUGGUCAACAACUCAACAUUUAUUUGGAUUCUUUAGUGUAUUCUGAGCAAUGCCAGCCUGCAUGGCAGCCUUACAUUGCAACUUUUUCUCAUGACAUUUCACCUGCUCUUCUAUUCCACUUUCUUAUGUGUGUUUUUAUAUUUCUAAUUUUUUCAAAUAGUAUUUUAGAAUGUGCCGCAUUAGGUGCAGGCAGCACUUUGGACACCCCUGGUAUGUAGCAAUCACAUUUUUUUUAUUAUUAGUUGUAAACGGAAAAAUCAGUGUAUGUUUUGGUAAUUGAUAUUUUCUUCUCAAGAUAGAAAAAAACAAUACAAAAACAAUUGGUUCAUUUGAAUUUCCCUUUGAAACGGGAGUGGGACGGGGAGACACAAACGUUAGCAACACUAGCUUAGCUAUGUGAGCUACAUGCUAACAUACAUGCUAGGUUAGCACAAUCACUGAAGAACAACAUGAUCAAACUUACACGUCUGUAGCUGACUGAUAUAUGCUUGGCAACGCUCUCGGUUAAAUUUUUAGAAAUGUAGAUGACACACUUUUCCCAAAGUGCUGAACUUACCGAGUUUAUUUAGCUAGAGGGUGGGUUCAUCCUUCAUGACGUAAUGAAAACCCCCAACUUGGAAAGCGGGCGUUUGAGCGUCUUUCCUCUCGAAAGUGGAGCAAACAAGUGAGUAUUAUAAACAUACAGUAUCACUGUUAGACCAUCAUGGCGUCCCCUUUACCUAUAAAGUGCAAACAAGAAGUACAUGUUUUGUAGUCCAGAUGAACAUGCAAACUCCCCUCGCGUUCCUGUUAAUUCCUGUAAAAAAUCUUUACAGCUUUGAAAUUCCCAGUUUUGCAACCCUAGCGAUGAUGUACAUCAGCAUCUUUUUACACAAUCAAGGAUCCAUUCAGAAAUAGCUUACAUUUAUUUCAGCUUAAAUGCAUUGCUAGAACACAGCUGCCACUGGAACACACACAUACAGUACACAUUCUGUAUCCAUCAUUCAUAAAGUGGACAAAUUCUGAGUCAAAAUGCGUUGUUUUACUAGUUGAAUGGGUAUCUGUUAGUUAAAAAAACAACAAAAGACCACUAGCGGUUGUGUUUGCAGAUAGUCACGACAAAACAUAUGUCUCAUUGUAUAACACAUGUUAAUUUUUCUAACUUUGAUAAGGAUCAGGAGUGCAUGAGAAAGUGGUGAACGUGAAGUGUAUUUCAACAAGUAUAGCGCAGCAGCAACAGAACCAAUGUUGGGGAGGAGCAAUCUUAUACGCGUAUCACGUGCUGUGCGCGGAGAAGCGAAUGUAAAAUGUCAACGAAUGUAAAAUGUCAACGAAUGACAGGGCGCUUCAUAUGAAAUGUUAUUCCUAGCCGCUUCCUGCUCCGUCACUGUUAACAUCAUAUUUCCCCUUAUUAUUGUAACUGUCAAAUUUCAUGCACUGGUUUUGUCGGCUAGAUGUAGUUGGUUUGAUUCCCGGCAGGAAUUAAUCCAUGUUAAUCGUUAAUCAGGGCUAAAACAUGUUUUUAAUUAAAUUCAAGUCUGAGUCAUAUAUUAUGACAAUCGUUUCACACAAAUAAACAGCGCCUCCAGGAUUUUGCAGAAAUACCGUAUUGAUGUUUUACUCGUUUUAUACCGCACAAACUUUAUGUCAGUACGUGGACUAUGGCGGCGCAAAUUACUGCGCGGAUUGCUUGCUUCUCCUGAAGGAAUCAAUAAAGUACUAUCUAUCUAUCUUUCCCAGGAUGCAAAACAACUAGACUGGACUUUGCUUAAAGGUAGAUACAUAUUUAUUUUAACACAACAAACUACAAAAAGGAGUACAAACAAAAGGCGCUCUCACAGGCGGAGAUAAACUUGGCUAAGAAAACCAAAACUAACACAAAGGCAAAACUAUGGAGGUGAAACUAAUAAACACUUACUGUGACAAGAGCAGAACAAAAAGUUACGUGGCAUGGCAUGAAGCAAACACUAUGGAAUAAGCAGGGCAUGAUAAUGACAGAGGUUAAAGGCCUACUGAAAUUAAUUUUUUUUAUUUAAACGGGGAUAGCAGAUCUAUUCUAUGUGUCAUACUUGAUCAUUUCGCGAUAUUGCCAUAUUUUUGCUGAAAGGAUUUAGUAUAGAACAAAGACGAUAAAGAUUGCAACUUUUGGUAUCUGAUAAAAAAAAGGCUUGCCCCUACCGGAAGUAGCGUGACGUAGUUAAUUGAACAUAAACGCAAAGUUCCCUAUUGUUUACAAUGAUGGCCGCAUGAAGUGAGAGAGAUUUGGACCGAGAAAGCGACAAUUUCCCCAUUAAUUUGAGCGAGGAUGAAAGAUUUGUGGAUGAGUAAAGUGCAAGUGAAGGACUAGUGGGGAGUCGAAGCUAUUCAGAUAGGGAAGAUGCUGUGAGAGCCGGGGGUGACCUGAUAUUCAGCUGGGAAUGACUAAAACAGUAAAUAAACACAAGACAUGUAUUUACUCUUUUAGCCACAACACAAUCAGGCUUAUAUUUAAUAUGACACAAAUUAAUCCUGAAUAAAAACACCUACGUCUUUGUUAUGGUAACUCCUAGCUCCUAUGCUAGCUCCUAGCUCCAUAGAACACGCCAAUACAAUUCAAACACCUGAUCAACACACACAAUCACUCAGCCCAAAAGACCGUUCACCUAACCCAAGGUUCAUAAAGCUUAUAUAUUUUAAAAAAGUUACGUACAUACGCAAAAAAAAGUUGCGCACAUACGGUCAAGCGAUCAAAUGUUUAGAAGCCAAAGCUGCAUACUCACAGUAGCACGUCUGCGUCUUUGUCAUCCAAAUCAAAGUAAUCCUGGUAAGAGUCUGUGUUGUCCCAGUUCUCUACAGGCGUCUGUGUAUCGAAGUCAAAAGUCCUCCUGGUUAGAGUCUCUGUUAUCCGAGUUCUUCCAUCUUGACUCAGCCCUUUGAGACACUUGUGAUUUAGGGCUAUAUAAAUAAACAUUGAUUGAUUGAUUGAUUGACUGCAUCUUUCGGGAAUGUAAACAAAGAAGCGCCGGCUGUGUACUGUUGUUGCUGACUUCGUUCGAAAAAUACGUCCAUUUCGCACCGACAACUUUCUUCUUUGCUUGCUCAGCUUCUUUCUCCAUAAUGCAAUGAACAUGAUUGCAACAGAUUCACGAACACAGAUGUCCAGAAUACUGUGGAAUUAUGAAAUGAAAACAGAGCUUUUUCAUAUUGGCUUCAAUGUGGAAGGCAUACCCGUGUUCCCAGGGCUACGUCACGCGCAUACGUCAUCCUCAGAGGCGUUUCGAACCGGAAGUUUAGCGGCAAAUUUAAAAUGUCACUUUAUAAGUUAACCCGGCCGUAUUGGCAUGUGUUAUAAUGUUAAGAUUUCAUCAUUGGUUAAGAUUUCAUCAUUGAUAUAUAAACUAUCAGACUGCGUGGUCGGUAGUAGUGGGUUUCAGUAGGCCUUUAACAGAGUUAAUGUCGCCAGACAGACUGCCUGGCAACUGAAAGCUUAAAUACUGGUGACAUGAUUAGUGAAAACAGGUGCGUGACUCAAAAUGUGAAACAGGUGAAACUAAUGGUUGCUAUGGUGACAAAACAAGGGAGUGAAAAAGCAGGAACUAAGCGAGUGGACAUGACUAAAACAAAACAUGAUCACACAGACAUGACACUUUAAAAGUAGACACUAGAUGGUAGUAAAAGCACAUACUCAGAAAGGUAUUGUACUGUUUUAAUUCAUUAUAACUAGAGUAAUAGUAAUUCUAAUUAGAGAGAAACACUACCCAAAGACUUCUUUAUUGUCUGCUGUCACCCACAAUUUGCAGACGUUCUCCAUGUAUGUUUUACAUUUGGAGUCCAUCUUAAACAUUCAUUUACGUUCAAACACAUUCACCUUUUGUGAACUGUUAAGAGCAACCUAUAGUGCUCGUUUUUGUUGGUGGAUGAGAGGUUUUCAUCACACUCCAACAUCUCUACCAUGUAACUGCUGCCUCUUUGCUGGGUCAUGCAUUACAAAUAAAAUAUGUUCUUAAUUGUCUUACCAUGGAUAAAUAAGUACAUACAUGUAAAGUAGGAAGUGCAUGUUUAUAUACUACAUUACCCAGAAGGCUUAGCACUUUUAGACAGGAACCAGGAGUCGGUCUGAGCUAAGCGUUGAUAGUAGAGAUGGUAUUUAUGGCUCGGUGGUAUUUAUGGCUCUUUGAAGAGAGCCAGAUCUUGAGGAACCAUUCCUUUCAAAGAGCCGUUCAAAAGACUGACUCAUUGUUAUAUUUAUGUUUUUGUUUAUUAUUAAGUUGUUUUCAUCAAGGAAUCGCAUGUAGAAGUUAGGAGAUUUAGAUCAGAAUAAUUCAAAGUUAAAAAUACAGUACACUAUUGGUGAUUAAUUAUUCUGAAAUCUUAGUUUAUUAUUAAGUUGUUUUUAUCAAGGAAUCACAAGUAGAAGUUAUGAGAUUGCGAUCAGAAUAAUUCAAAGGUAUAUAUAUACAGUACAAUAUUGGUGAUUAAUUAUUCUGAAACAUCAAUAAUAAUAGAUUUUUGCUAAUGUUUUAUAACAAAUGCCAUAAGGUAGUACCAUAUCCCAUAUGCAGUUAAAAUGACAUCACUAUUUAUAAGAAAGCUUUGUAGUACACAAACAUUACCUAAAUUAAUGUCUGAAGAGGUAAAAUUGUGAAUGCAAAAUUGUACCUGGACUUUUUUCAAACAUGCCUGGGUAUUUUUUAUUUAAAUUGCUCCAAAAAAGCGCCACGCAAAUGCGAAUCAGUUCUUAUUGUUCACUUAAAAGAAGCGUUCAAAAGACUCGACUCGUUCAUGAAAUGGCCCAAUUGUGACAUCUCAAAAUCUUGGAGGGACUGAAUAAAGUGUGAAACAUUUUUUGGAUUCAAAUUGCCCCAAUUUUGCCAGCAAACUGCUUAUUCCGCAUUAAUAGAUGGGUUGAUUGUAAACAACAUUAGGACAAAUAUAGCAUUUGAAAGCGCAUGCAGACUAAAAUGUACAGUGAUAAUUAUGAGAAAUUUCAGUUUUCAUGUGUGGAAACCCCCAAAGAUGUGUGACUAUUUGUCAUUAUUAUGUCUUCACACUUGGCUGUCUUUUGACUUUUUUGUGUGGUUACCAGCUGAAAGAUAACUUUCCACAAAUACAGAUAAACUCAGCAUUUGUCCACAAUAUGGAUGACUUUAGGGCUUAACUGUACUUUUGCAUAAUACGAACAAUGAGGUUUAGUGGCAGCUUUAACAAGUAAACACUUUUUGAAACUUCGGGUCAGACUCCCAUUAUCAUAUAUUUGGCGACAGAGCACAGAAAGUAUGUUUUAUGAUAAGGGAUAGUUCUGGAGCUUUAAAAAAAACAUUGAAAUUGGGAUCAUUUUAAACAGAGCAACUUUUAUGUAUCUAUUUUUUGAUGCCGUUUUUAUUCAGACGAUGCACUCGAGUCAAGGCAAUCUUUUGACUUCAAUGUCUGAAAAAAAGACCAGACAAUAAAUCUUGCGAUGUUUUAUAAACAUUGAUAUGUUCAUAGUGGGGAAAAAAACCUUAUCUGUCUUAAAUUAGUUGUGUGAGUGUUUUCCUUUUCAUUUUUAAAUGUGUUGCUUUGGCUUAAAACAUUUUGUACAGUGCUGGCUGUUGAGCAUGAAGUACUUUUUCUAAAAAAAUGAUCAUUUGGAGUCUAAUUUAUAUUUAUAUGCGGGUCAAAUGUAACACUGACCAACAGUAAAACAAGAUUGCUUUGAAACGGAAGCUACGGGUUAUGUCCAACAAAGUUUACACACUGCAAACGACACAAUCCUGUUUUUAUCAACCUGCCAAUCAAAUACAGUCACAAACCAUGUAGAGUACAGGUCAAGUGUGGUAUAAAUAUAUAUUUUAUUUGUAUUAUUUUGCACUUGAAAAUGAGUUAAUAAACCCGAUGUUUGCAUUA